AUGUUAUCCCAAGCAAUUGCCGACUACACCUUACACCGGAGCACAUCUGACCCUCUUCCCUCAGGUCCUGCUCCCUUCACCUCUUCCGAAUUCUUCAAACUGUGUCGACCAGGCACAAAGCCCAGAGCCAAGAAUUGGGACCAUCAUCUCAGCACCGAAUGCCGCAACCGACUACCUUCCAAUUUGAAAGCGUCAGCAAGCAGUGUGAAACCCGGUCUCGAUGGCGCUCCCAUCAUUCCUCAACGGCAAAUCAGUCUCGGAGCAGGGCGACCGAUCCCUGAAUACUUUCCCUGGGACUCGUUGGCGCUUUCUGGCAAGCAAGCUACAGGGUCUCCUGUUGAUGAGGCUGUGGUGAUGCCAUGCACGAGAGGAGAAGACGAUUUUGACUUUGCGGUUGCGUUGAACUAUGGCUAUGCAGCUGGAUCACCGCAGCUGUUGAGGUUCAUCACCGAACACAUUGAAAUGAUCCAUAAUCCGCCGUACGAUGAUUGGGAGACUUGUUUGACAAGUGGUACCACGUCGGCGAUGGAUACGGUCUUCCGUAUGUUCUGCGAUCGAGGAGACUGGAUCAUUACGGAAGAGUACUCGUAUCCUGGAGCCAUUGAAGCUGUCACACCGCUGGGCAUCAAUAUCUUGGGCAUCAAGAUGGAUGGUCAGGGUCUCAUACCAGAAGAUCUUGAGGCCAAGUUGCGCUCUUGGGACCCGGCUAAGGGACGAAAACCAUCGGUGAUGUACAUUGUCCCUUGCGGUCAAAAUCCUACAGGGGCUACUCAAUCGGCUGAGAGACGGAGAAAGAUCUACCAGGUCGCCGAGGAGCAUGAUAUAUACAUCAUUGAGGACGACCCUUACUACUUCCUGAAGCUACACUCCAGAUCAGAGGUCGGAGAAGACUCGCCAAUGCCAGUCGACGAGUACUUGCGACAGCUGCCUCCGUCUUACCUCUCCAUGGACGUCUCUGGGCGUGUUGUUCGUCUAGAUGCUACAUCUAAGAUUCUCGCGCCUGGACUGCGUUGUGCAUGGAUGACAUGUUGCUCUCAGAUUGCUGAAAAAUACAUGAACUACACAGAAGUGGGCAGUGUAGCGCCUUCUGGCUUCUCUCAGGUCGCCAUGUACAAGUUGCUGGAUGUGACCUGGGGACAUGAAGGCUUCAUCCGCUGGCUCGCAUUCUUGUCGCACCAAUACCGCCAACGACGAGAUGCCUUGGUUUCGGCAUGCGAGAAGUACCUUCCACCUGAUCUUUUCACUUGGGUUGUGCCUGAAGCUGGCAUGUUCCUUUGGCUCCAUCUUCAGUCACCAACACCUCGUAUCUCAUGCUCGUCUUGUUCGGAGUGUUCGAUCGAGAAGGAGAAGACUGCUCUACUGGACCUGGAGGAGAGAAUCUACAACCGUUCCAUGGAGAAGGGAGUGGUCAUCAGUAAGGGAAGCUGGUUUGCCGCUGAGCCUGACCAGCUCAAGGGUAUCAAGCUUCGUUUGACUUUUGCUACUGCUCCUCUGGACAGCUUCGAUUGGGCAGUCAAGCAAUUUGCAGACGCAGUAAGGAGUGAGUUGUUAGUGAUUUAG